AUGUUAUCGGAUUGUUGGUUGCUUUCGGAUUUAGAUGGAACCCUUAUCAGCACCCCCCACAAAGCGCAAGGGAAAUAUCCACCCAUCACACAAAGCCCUUGUUUCCAUCCUAUUCGACGCUGGCUGAUGAACGGCGGCAAUGUAUGCAUCAUUACCACUGCAGAUCUACGCACGUUGGACCAGAUCUAUUUUCCUUUGCAGCCACACCUUCCACAGGGCAGAUUUGGUGAUUGUCAACAAGACACAGAGAAAGGUGGCAACGGUAAUCCAACCAUGCUCAAGCGAAGUAUUUCCCAUCCUUCUGACACAUCAGACUCCAGCUCCGAUCCUCACCAAUCCACCAAGGAUCUUCUGCCUCUUUCAAACCAGAAUAAUGAGAAGUCUGAAUCUUUCUGUCAGGGGACACUAUUAUUGAGCUUAUAUUCAGGUGCCGCGUUGUACCGCUGUACCCCCAACUCAGUCGAACUUGUGAAGGAUUAUGUCAAUUCCACCCAUUACGCAAUAAACGAUUCUGCGGAUCUGCUAAAAUCUUGUGAAACGCCAGAGGGACCAAUGCGGUGUGAGAACAAGGGGGAAUCUGGGGGUGGCAAUGGACCUUCCAACGCAGCGAAUUAUGUGCAAGGGACGUGCAUUACUAGAUGUGUGAGCGAAACGCUUUUGGUUCAUCUAACCAAGAUAUACGAAUCCUACAUAUAUGAUCUUCUCAGAGGUGAACCGGUCGUUGUUGCGGCCUCACAACGACUUUCUCAUCGUUAUCAGCUAAUGUGGAAGAUGAUCUUUCGUUAUUUGGAUGAUCUUUACCAAUGUGUGUGUGAGACGCGUUGUGUGGAGAAGCCGGUAUUUGCGAGCGACAACGACUUCACUGAAAGUUUGUCCACUGUGCCAAAGGAUGAGGAAGCGGUGUUGUGGAAGAUGCGCUACCUCCACUCGCGCCCGGAUCUUCUUAUUAGUCUUGGGGUGUUGCGGGUAGAAUGUCUAGUCGACAGCACCUUCUCCAACCUUGCGUGUGGGCCCUUGGAUCCCUGUCAAUCUGAGCCCACCAAGGACCAGAGCUCCCUGAUCCACGCCAUCACGUCCCUGCUGCUGCAGGACCUCCCGCAGGAUGCGGCGGAGGUCCUGGAGCCACGGGCCAGGGCCUUUGCGUCGCACAUGGUCCACGCGCUUGGGGUGGACCCGGGGUGUUUGGGGAAGCGCCGUGCCAAGUCGGACGCCGCGCGGGUGGAUGUGGCACAGGUCAUCCUCCUGGGGGUGCCGCUGGGGUUGUAUUCCCGGUACUUCGUGAAGUCCAUCCCCGAGUUCGUCCGGAUAGGGGUGCAUAUCAUGCCACAGCCCAACAGUGUCGUCUUCUCCAAGCUCGGGAUUAACAAAUCCACCGUGGUGCAGUACCUGCUCGGGUACCAUUCGAAUCCCAACCGAUCGCCACGGUGGAAGGCUGGGGUCAGGGGCUUAUCCUUGCCUCGUAGCCCCUGCGGAAUGCCUCCCGUUUCCACUGUGAGGGUCAUCGCCCUUGGGGAUAAUCCCCACACCACAGAUUACGGACUUACCGUCUUUCGUAAGGUGAGGUUUAUCUCGGUCGAGAAGAUCGCACAGCGAGAGGAGCGGCAUCAGCGAAUUGAACGCCGCUUGAGCCGAACACGGAUGUUAGAGGAGCUCGGAGAGCGGCCAUGCAUGCCAGACGGCUCCCCAGCGCCGUCUUUCAAGGAGCUCGUGGCAUCGCUAACCAGGUGUGGGCCUUUAAUGGAUGAUCGCCUGUUCAAAAAUAUUGCUUAUGUUGGCAAUGAGGAAGACGGCACCGCCCUCUUCUUGACUUCUCUCAUGGAUGAACUUAAGGUGCCGUCCUUUAGUGCAUCUACUAAUUUUUAUCGUAAAUCAAGCGCUAGAUUUGUAGAUUCUGAAACAUUUACGGCGGCUCUAUCUAAAGCGGUGAGUUUUGCAAGUUGUGAAGGUCGACUAGGGAAAGUUAAAUCUAAUCUUUGA